AAGAUGACUAAGGGCUCUCCAUCUUUUCCUACGGUCUCCCAGUUUAAAAUUUUCCUAGGGAACUGGGGGGUCGUGCACUACGUAGGGAGGUAGAGAUAGAUUUAAGACGUAACUGUGAUUCAAAUCCGUUAUCCGCGGCUUGUUCGGUCCACAUUACGGUUACCAUAACGUUGCUUAAGGAGGAAGGCAGAGACGCUGCUUUUGUGAACGCCCAGUUAGUGGGCAGCAGCAGGAAUGCAGAUCAUUACUGGGCAGUGCACUACCUGAAGGAUGAAGUAAGCCUGCCAUGCCAUGGACGAUGCCCAGUCUAGACCGCAAUCUUCUCGCUCCGUCUGUUCACAGAGGACUGAAGAUGAAUGUCCAGUGGUGGGGAACCAUGCUGAACAUCACCUCUCAGUCAACCAAACGCUCCAGGUGUUGGUCCGGAGGCCCGACAGCCCGAGCACCACCGUAACUGAGGAGACGGUGUUCAUCCCGCGAGUGGUGCACUCAGUGGACGCCUGCACUAACACUGACCCACCACACAAAUGCUGCGGGUGGCUGCGCAGGCAGUGCCCCUGCCCGCCCCGGGGCCUGCUCGCCUCCAUUAUCACCAAAGUGUCUAUGGCUGCAUUGCUUUUCGGGGUCGUGUGGUCCAUCACCGAGAAAGAGUGUCUCCCUGGAGGGAAUCUGUUUGGCAUCGUUACUGUUUUUAUCUGCGCUCUCACUGGAGGAAAGCUGGUGGGGCUCAUUCGCAUCCCCAAUCUACCACCCAUCCCUCCUCUACUGGGCAUGCUGCUGGCGGGGGUCCUUCUCAGAAACAUCCCUGUGGUGACCGAGGCAGUCUACAUUGACUUCAGAUGGUCAGCCUCCCUGAGGAACAUCGCACUGGCUGUUAUUCUAGCCAGAGCUGGCCUGGGAUUAGAUGGCUCAGCCCUCAAGAAGCUGAAAGCAGUGUGUGUGCGUGUGGCAGUGGGGCCCUGCCUCAUAGAGGCAUCCACUGUGGCACUGGUGUCCCACUUCCUCAUGGGCCUGCCCUGGAUUUGGGGCUUCAUACUGGGUUUUGUUCUGGGAGCUGUGUCUCCUGCAGUGGUAGUUCCUUCCAUGCUGCUGCUGCAGAAGGACGGUUAUGGCUUAGAGCAGGGGGUUCCCACACUGUUGAUGGCAGCCGGCAGCUUUGAUGAUAUUCUAGCCAUUACUGGCUUUACCACCUGCCUGGGCAUAGCUUUUGCUACAGGCUCCACCUGGUUCAACAUCCUUCGAGGAGGUUUGGAGGUAUUAGGUGGGAUGGCUGCUGGUUUGGCUUUUGGUUUCUUUCUUCAUUAUUUUCCCAGCAAAGACCAGAAAGAUUUAGCAGUAAAGCGCUCGUUCCUGCUAUUGGGUCUGUCCGUGUUUGCUGUGUUUGGCAGUAAUGUGGCGGGUAUUCCAGGCUCAGGAGGACUUUGUACACUGGUGCUGGCCUUCAUUGCUGGACUGGGGUGGAGAAAGGCCAAGGCCCCAGUAGAGGACAUUGUGGGCAAAGCGUGGGAUGUGUUCCAGCCUCUGCUGUUUGGGCUCAUUGGUGCUGAGAUCACCAUCAGCGCUCUGGACCCCAGAACAGUGGGCCUGGGGCUAGCAGCCCUCUGCAUCGCCCUGACUGUACGAAUCUUCUUCACCUUCCUCAUGGUGCUGUGCGCUGGCUUUAACUUUAAAGAGAAGCUGUUUAUCGCUCUGGCCUGGAUGCCUAAGGCCACUGUUCAGGCUGCUAUUGGCUCAACCGCUCUGGACAUGGCGCGCUCUAAGCAGGAGGAGCAGAUGCAGCAGUAUGGAAUGGACGUGCUGACCGUGGCCGUGUUGUCCAUCCUUUUAACGGCCCCUAUUGGAGCUCUGCUCAUCGGCCUGUGCGGACCACGCUUGCUGCAGAGACCAAAGAAUCCUGAGUGGGCUAUGAGUCAGGGUGCACUGUCAGCGUCAGAGACGCCAGUGACCUACGAGAGUGCAAUCUGAGGCUGCUAACAGGCCGUGGAAGUGACCAACCAAACCAUCGUCCUGUAAAGCUCCUGUUGGUUCUGCAGGGGCUUUCCAGACAUUUCCGUGAUGGACACUGUUUUGUAAGAUGUCAUCCACUUGGUGUGGGGAAAACAUGGUGUAUUUUUAGAUGCACUGUAGCAGUCUGCUCACUGUCCUUCAACCCAACACCUGCAUUCCAGGCCAGUUUUAAAUACUUGACUGACAGGAAAAGUCACGGAUACAGUACCAAUGCUUAUACACACCCGGCUAAAUUAUGUUUUUUAUGAUCUUUAAAGGGCAGAGAAAAAAAGUCAUGCAGAGUGGUUUAGUGUAAAAUGGUGCACUAAAGUAUACAAUAUAUUGACAAAGAUUUCUUUACCAUGGUGGUGACAGGAACCAGAGGUCUGUCUCACAAAGCAGGACCUUUUGAUUAGCCAGCUAACAUUAAUCUUAGUUGGUCUCACAGUAAUGUAUUACUUUUUACUGGGCUACAUCACCAUGGCAAAUUGAAACGUGCGUCAUGAGAUAGACCCCUAGGGUCACAACAUCUGCUAUUUUGCCUUAUAACUCCCUCCAUGUUAUCUUUCCACCAUGAAUGGAUUUAAAAAUCUGUUUUUGGCCAAACUUUCAUAAAACAAUGUCUCAGG